AGGAAGUCCUACUCUUCAGGACUUCUCAUGAAGCACGUCAGACGUUUCUUAUGAGAGGAGGCGGAGGACCUUAGCCACUGUACAGUGAGGGAGCAGACAGAGGAGACCAGGAGGAGAAGAAGUGGAACUCCGGGUAUUUAUAUGUGAGUGGGGUGAAAAGAGAGAGAGACACCCCCGUCUCUGUGGGUCAGCCGAUGAGAGAAGAUGAAGAGCCAAAUCACAAACGCCAUCUCCGACUUCUUCUUUGAGUACGAGACCCCGCGCCAGGUGCUGGUGAGGAACAGGAGGGUGGGAGUGGUGUGCCGCCUCAUCCAGCUGGGGGUCCUGGCUUACAUCAUCGGGUGGGUGUUCAUCUACGAGAAAGGCUACCAGUCCACAGACACGGCCGUGAGCUCCGUCUUCACCAAAAUGAAAGGAGUGGGCUACACCAAUGAGACAGGAAAAGAGAGAGUCUGGGACGUGGCCGACUAUGUGUUCCCUCCACAGGGAGACUCAUCGUUUGUGGUGAUGACUAACUACAUCAUAACUGAAGGUCAGAACAUGUCGAAGUGUCCAGAGCUCCCAGGGAAGCACAACUGUACCUCAAACAAAGACUGUGAAGGAGGGGGUUUCCAACGUACGGGACAUGGACAAAUGACAGGAGUUUGUGUGAAGUUGAACACGACCUGUGAGGUGCUGGCCUGGUGCCCCGUGGAGGAUGAUCGCAAAAUACCAGAUCCUCCUAUGUUGAUGUCUGCAGAGAACUACACGCUGUUCAUCAAAAACUCUGUGACCUUCCCCUUGUUUGGAGUCACGAGGAGUAACCUGGUGGAGGGUAUUGAUGCUGAAUACGUCAGUAAAUGCCUCCAUGAUCCAGAGAAAGCUCCGCUGUGUCCCAUUUUUAAACUGGGAGACAUCGUCAAACUGUCUGGUUUCAACUUUGAAACCAUAGCCAAAGUGGGAGGGGCCAUUGGUAUAGUGGUGGACUGGACGUGCAACUUUGACACGGAUGUCAGGAACUGUAAACCAAAGUACAACUUCCACGGUCUGUACGGGAACCCCACAGAGACGGACAAAGCCCGAGCUUCAGUGGGCUACAAUUUCAGGUUUGCAAAGUAUUAUUUGGAGGACAGAAUUCAGAGAAGGACUCUCCUCAAGGUGUUCGGGAUCAGGAUCGACAUCAUCGUGCAGUCACUGGCGAGAAAAUUCGACAUCAUCCCAACGCUGACAGCAAUCGGCUCUGGAGUGGGAAUCUUUGGAGUGGCAACUGUUGUGUGUGACCUGGUGCUGCUCUAUUUGCUCCCCAAAAGAGAAUUUUACAAGAACAUGAAAUUCAAAUACACAGACACACACAUACAGGAUCCGGAUUCAGAGGUCGGCAGCAUAGAGACUGAGGUAUCUAAAAAAUGACCCGGGAGGAAGCUUGUAAGGUACUUUUUUUUGGGACGGUGUAGUGCACUGGAACCCUGCAAUAAACCCCCCCACAAGUCACCAUGGAGAAACACACUCAGACUCUAAGAGGACUCUUGACUGGAGCGAUCAAAACCAGAGACAUGGCUCCACGUGUCCUCUUCUUCCUCUUCAUUUUCCAGCUGCAUCUUCGGCCACCACCUCCCUACCUGAGAGAUGAUACAGUGACUCUUACUCUUGGUGUCGAGCCCUAGCAUAGCUCAGCUGUGUGUGUGUGUGUGUUCUUUUUUUUGGGUGUAGCUCGGUUUGCUUUUUUUUCAUACUCUGGGUGUAACCCUCCACCUAACCAUCUCCAUAUCUGUGCAGGUGAAAGCACAUGUUCUGGCACUAACUGUGUGUGCACAUAUCAUCCAUAAGUCAAUCCAUUAAACCGUCACUGUCCUCGUCAAAGAAAGAUAAACACAUGACGUGUGGAUGUGCCGCUGUCAGAGUCAUCCUGUGUGCACCUUGUGAUCGACUGCUGCAUUCAAUAAAACAUGUACAGAUA